AAUUGUGGUCCUGAACCUCUAUACAUCAGUAUGAUCCCUAGAUUAGCUAUGUCGCCUGUAGCGUGUCGCAAUUCCUCGCUUCGGAAAUCCUACGUCGAAAUAUCUCGGUUCAUCCACUCCCAACGUCACGAGAUUUCCCGAACACUCUCCUCCCAAUGCCCUCGCAAUGGAUACAGAAGCUUCUCCUCAAGUGUACUGCGGAGGCAAAUCGAACCGAAUGAUAGCCUACGAAAGACUCUUAAUGGCUACAAAGCUACCAUUCGUGGCUAUGACUACCCAGACUCCUCCGAAAAGUACGCAAUGUUGGACAAGCACAAGCUAGGCUCCCACAUAGAACUCGUCGGUUAUCUUGGGUCACGUCGGGAUGUGUCCAAAGUGUUGUCUUUCGCCUUGCUUCGAGAUGCAGACCAGAGGUUUUGCGUCCAGCUUGUUUCCAGCCCGAAAGAGAGCGUAGAGACGCAUCUCCGGCUCCGGAAUCUGAAAAUCUGGACACCGGUGCUAGUAAAGGGAGUACUACAAGAGCGCCAACCGGCGAAGGAUGACUCUGUGGAAGGGAUGCGCCUGAUCAAUGAUCGAGAAAUUGUAUUAGAGUCUAUCGAACCUCUGAAUGAUUUCGCGACCGAUAUCAUUGUCAAGAAUGAUACUGUCUUUCCACCCGAGCAACGACACCUGCAGAUUCGUACCAACAAGGAGCUACGCGAGGCAUUAAUCUUUCGGGGUCGAGUCACAAAAGAAGCCAGAAAGCGAUUGUGUGUCUGCCGCUUUAACGAGAUAGAGACCCCUGUAUUGUUCAAAUCAACACCAGAAGGUGCACGUGAAUUUCUUGUACCAACGAGGAACAAGGGGCUUGCGUAUGCGCUGCCUCAAAGCCCCCAGCAGUAUAAGCAGAUUCUCAUGGCAAGUGGAAUUACGAGAUAUUUCCAGUUUGCAAGAUGCUUUAGAGAUGAGGAUUUACGGGCUGAUCGGCAGCCUGAGUUUACACAGCUUGAUCUUGAAAUGGCAUUUGCAGAGGAACAUCAGGUUAUGCAUGAAAUCGAAAAGCUUUUAACAAUACUCUGGGACAGGUUCCUUGGCAUUAAUCUCAAAGGUGCAUUUCGGAGAAUGCCUUACCAGGAAGCAAUGGCCUCUUAUGGUUCAGAUAAACCAGACCUACGAAUAAAGUCGGAAAUAAACACCGUCACAGAUCUCUUAUCCCAAGAUCUCAUUAGCAAAAUAACCCCCGUCUCCAAUCCUGUUGUCGAAGCCUUCACAAUGAAUCUCCCUACUAAGCCAGAAGAAACCCGCAAAUUUGUCUCCUCCUUCCUAGACAGCCCCGAAGGGAAACCCUUCCUCGAGAAUCCAGACGGCCAACCCGGAGUGUUCAUCAGCGAUCAUUCUAAACCUCUCAACGGACUCGGCGCGCUGGGUCCACAAGCUGCCAUGGAAUGGCCUAAAAAGGUCACACCUCCUGAUGGCGGAUUGCUCAUUCUGCAAGCACGCAAGAACGAACCAUUCUCAGGAGGGUUCACCGUGCUAGGGAAUCUACGACUGGCAUUGCAUAAAGCGGCGGUAGCUCAAGGCAUACUUCCACCUCUCAGAGGAUUCCGGUUCCUCUGGAUUACUGACUUUCCGCUCUUUUCUCCCUCGAAUGACACUGACCCCGGCCAAGGCGGCACCGCAGGACUCUCAUCAACACACCACCCUUUCACGGCACCAAAGACGCCGGAAGACGUCGAACUCCUGCUCACAGCACCCGAGAAAGCCAUUGCCGCUCACUAUGACAUCGUUGUCAACGGCGUUGAGCUAGGUGGUGGUAGUCGUCGUAUUCACAAUGCUGAGAUCCAAGAAUUCAUCUUCCGGGACGUGCUGAAGAUGAGCUCUGAGCGCAUUGAAGACUUUAGGCAUUUACUAGAUGUCUUACGAUCUGGCUGUCCGCCUCAUGCCGGUAUUGCGCUAGGAUGGGAUAGGAUGAUUGCUGUUAUGUUGGGGAAAGAGAGCGUGAGAGAUGUUAUUGCGUUUCCGAAGAGCGGGAAAGGAGAGGAUAUGUUGGUAAAGUCGCCUAAUGUUUUGACGAAGGGGCAGUUGGAUACUUAUCAUUUAAGGGUGAAGGAGUAAUUUAGUGCUUGCAUGGAUAGCAUGUCUCUUUCUUGCACUUUUCUACUCGUGUGCAUCUCUUAUCCUUCGGUAUAACACUCCUCUCGACCUAUUUUUUCUCACUGUAACGUAGCUAUCUGUACAGAUAGACGUGGUAUAGCCUUGAGAGGAAGUACGGCCAUACAAUCUAG